UGCCAAGGAAAUAUUGUAGUCAUUUGAAAUUUCAGCAUGCAAAUUCAUUUCGCAGAGAAAGUUUGUUCAUUAAAAAUAUGGAUUUUAAACAUCUGAGCUGUGACACGAAACCACCAGUCAUUGUGGAAAUUGCUCCAAAGACUGAUGAGUUUGAUUUCGCUGUGGGAUUGCCGGAAAUAGAGAUACCUCAAACAGAUGAUGAGAAUGUUACAGACUUCUCUGCAGGAUCGUCGGACGAGUAUGUCCCCGAUUCGGAUGAUGAUGCACUGGCUUUGGCAGAUGAAUUAGAUAAUUCAGUGAUAAAGACAGCAGAUGUAGUUUUAGAAGAAAUCGCAGACUGUGGUGAUACUUAUAUCAAUAACAAGAAUGAAAAUGGUAGAAAUAUACUUACGCGAAAGAGAAAGAUUGAAAGUCAUCAAUGGGUGCAGAAUAAAAGGAAGUAUCAUCGCAACAAAGAGAACCCGUAUGUCACUAAGAGUGGCAAAAGAGUUGAAGAACGUGUUCCGAAACCCACUGACAGUAAGUGCCGCCAUAAUUGCACAGAAAACUUCUCAGAAGAAGAGCGCACAGAGAUCAAUGCAGAAUCUUGGAAUUUAGGCGACUAUUCGAGGCAGCGACUGUUCCUGACCAAUUGCGUGAAAAUUGAGAAGUGCAAAAGGACGUUGACAAUUGGAUCACGGCGGGCGAACACAUUUAAUUAUACUCUCAAAGCCAAACAGGUAUGCAAGAAGUUUUUUUUAAAUACUUUGAACUUGUCAGACGGCGCAAUAUCUGUGUUAGCCAAGAAGAUGUGCCAAAAUGAAUUUACUGAUAAGAGGGGUCAACAUGGCCACCAGAGAAAAUUAGACGAAGAGACAGUUGCGCUUAUCAAACAGCACAUCGAGUCAUUUUCAGCCGUCGAAAGCCAUUACACUCGAGCAAAAAGUUAACGACUUUAUCUUGCCUCCGACUUAACAAAAUCAAAAAUGUACGAUUUAUUCAAAGAACUCCAACCGGACGCUAUCAUUAAAUAAAACGUUUAUCGCCGGAUAUUUUGAAGAAUUUGAAUUUUACUCAAUGGCAGCACAAAAAAUGAAUAAAACUAAGCGAUUCCAAUUAAAUUUUCUUAUUGUUUUUUGUUUGCAAUCGGCAAAUUAAAACCGAAAUAAAAAGCUUCGAAAAGCAUCACAAAGCAUAAAAAAUCAUUAGAAUUAUCAAAAAUCGUCAAAGUAAGUAAGAAUUAUAAAGUACAAAAUAAAUAUAAAUUUUUUGUCAUUUAUUUAUACUCCAAUUUUAGUGUCUACAGAAAAACGAAAGAAUAUGCUGCAAAUAUUAUACAAAGAAUUUUUUGAACCCUUAAAAUUCGGAUUAAUUAAUAAGCACAUACCUUCAAUAAUGUCCAUUUCCUGAAUAGCAGAACUUAUUUUAAAUUCGAUUAUUUUGCUUUUUAAACUUUGUUUAGGCAUUUUAUAAGUAGGAAUUUCAUUGAACUAAAAUUGUAAACAAUGAACAGCUGUUUGUGUAAAAAUAAGCAAAUAACCAUACAUAGGAUGUUCACGGAGCAUAGAGGUUAUUUUUAAUCUAAUAAUCACAUAAUCCGAUAACCACCUAACCGUGAACAGCCUAAGUAUAAACGCGAUAAACAAAUACGAUAAACGCGGCAUUUAAUAAUUUUCGGAAAAAAUAACUCUUAUUUAUAUUUAAAA